AUACCACUUUGCAAAAAACCCUAGCUCUCCUCCCCAUAUAAAUCCUACCUUAACCAUUUUAGAAGCACUUGGUUUUCAUUUUGCUCUCGUUCUUGUGCAGAUACACGCCCACUCCUCUUCUUUUCCUCAGAAAGACGAACCUCCGACGAACCAUGUCAGGUGAGGAGGGUGCCGUUGCUGUUGCUGUUGCUGUUGAGGCAGCUGCUCCUGCUCAGCCACUGGGUGAGCCAAUGGAUUUGAUGACCGCAUUGCAGUUAGUGCUGCGAAAGUCUCUGGCUCAUGGCGGCCUUAUUCGAGGUCUUCAUGAAGCUGCAAAAGUGAUUGAGAAGAAUGCUGCUCAGCUCUGUGUAAUUGCUGAAGACUGCAAUCAGCCUGACUACGUCAAACUUAUCAAAGGGAUUUGUGCCGACCAUGGUGUUGGCCUCUUAACUGUCCCAAGUGCUAAAACCCUUGGCGAGUGGGCUGGCCUCUGCAAGAUUGACUCAGAGGGCAAGGCCAGGAAGGUGGUCGGUUGCUCAUGCGUGGUUGUGAAGGAUUACGGUGAGGAGAGCGAGGGUCUGAAUGUUGUUCAGCAACACAUCAAGUCUAACUGAGUAGCUAUAGAUAUAUGUGAUUGGGAUCUGAAUUGAAGUUGCAUUUGUAGAGACCUUCUGUUUGGAUUUUGUGAUACCCUCGUCGUCCAUUUGGAUUUUUGAGUGUUUGCUAAUUCCAGUUUUUCAAGUUCUAUUAUUGUUGGACCAUAUUUCUUACUAUAAUGACACAGCAUAAUUUUGAUGGAAA